UCCAUCUCAGACUCCAACGGCUCUCCGCUAUCUACUUCCGGAAGUAUUAUUAUCAAUGAUUUUGUCACUUGAGAGACAUUAAACACUGCUUUGGUGUUUGUUUUUUAUUGUAGUCAAAAAUGUCGUACAAUUACGUUGUAACAGCCCAGAAACCUACGGCAGUUAACGCCUGCAUUACAGGUCACUUCACCUCUGCUGAAGACCUCAAUCUGCUCAUAGCUAAAAACACACGUUUGGAGAUCUAUGUGGUCACAGCAGAAGGACUGAGGCCUGUCAAAGAAGUGGGCAUGUAUGGCAGAAUCGCUGUUAUGGAGCUCUUCAGGCCCAAGGGUGAGAGCAAAGACCUGCUGUUCAUUCUUACAUCGAAGUACAACGCCUGCAUCCUAGAAUACAAACAGAAUGGGGAGAGCAUUGACAUAAUCACCCGUGCCCAUGGCAAUGUCCAGGAUCGUAUUGGCCGUCCAUCAGAGACAGGUAUUAUCGGAAUUGUUGACCCAGAAUGCCGCAUGAUUGGCCUUCGGCUGUAUGAUGGCUUGUUCAAAGUGAUCCCAUUGGACAGGGAUAACCGUGAGCUUAAAGCCUUCAACAUCAGACUGGAAGAGCUCCAGGUCAUUGACGUUCACUUUCUGUAUGGCUGCCAGGCUCCAACUGUGUGUUUCAUCUACCAGGACCCUCAGGGACGCCAUGUGAAGACCUAUGAGGUUUCUUUGAGGGAGAAGGAGUUUAACAAAGGCCCCUGGAAGCAGGAGAAUGUGGAGGCCGAGGCAUCUAUGGUGAUCCCAGUGCCCGAGCCAUUUGGUGGAGCUAUAAUCAUAGGACAAGAGUCGAUCACCUACCACAAUGGAGAUAAAUACUUGGCCAUUGCACCACCGACUAUCAAGCAAAGUACCAUUGUCUGCCACAACCGGGUGGAUCCCAACGGCUCACGGUACCUGCUGGGUGACAUGGAGGGGCGUCUGUUCAUGUUGCUGUUGGAGAAGGAGGAGCUAAUGGAUGGCACAGUGGCGCUCAAAGACCUGCAUGUGGAGCUGCUCGGAGAGACAUCUAUUGCUGAAUGUUUGACCUACUUGGACAACGGUGUCGUGUUUGUGGGCUCUAGAUUGGGCGACUCCCAGUUAGUGAAGCUCAAUGUGGACAGCAAUGAGCAGGGCUCAUAUGUGGCAGUGAUGGAGACAUUCACCAAUCUGGGACCUAUUGUGGAUAUGUGUGUGGUUGACCUCGAGAGGCAAGGCCAGGGCCAGCUUGUGACAUGCUCAGGUGCAUUCAAAGAGGGCUCUCUUCGGAUAAUCCGCAAUGGCAUUGGAAUUCAUGAGCAUGCCAGCAUUGACCUGCCGGGAAUCAAAGGUUUGUGGCCGCUCCGCUCUGAGGCAGGCAGAGAGACAGAUGACAUGCUGGUGCUGUCUUUUGUGGGUCAGACACGAGUGUUGAUGCUGAGUGGUGAGGAAGUUGAGGAGACUGAACUUCCAGGCUUUGUGGACAACCAGCAGACAUUUUACUGUGGAAAUGUGGCGCACCAACAACUCAUUCAGAUCACAUCAGGAUCUGUGCGCCUGGUGCUCCAGGACAGCAAGGCGUUGGUGAGUGAAUGGAAGGAGCCGCAGGGCAGGAACAUCAGCGUAGCUGCCUGCAACCACACCCAGGUGGUGCUUGCUGUGGGGCGAGCCCUCUACUACUUGCAGAUCCUAGCUGGAGAGCUCAAACAGAUCAGUACCACAGAAAUGGAGCACGAGGUUGCCUGCUUGGACAUCACACCUCUGGGGGAGGGUGGUGAUGAAUCACCGCUCUGCGCUGUGGGACUCUGGACCGACAUCUCAGCCCGUGUGCUCAAACUACCUUGUUUCACAGCUCUGCAUAAGGAAAUGCUGGGUGGAGAAAUCAUUCCUCGCUCCAUCCUAAUGACCACCUUUGAAGGCAGCUACUACCUGCUGUGUGCUCUGGGAGAUGGAGCACUCUUCUACUUUGGUCUGGACCUGCAGACUGGUGCCCUAAGCGAGCGUAAGAAGGUCACCCUUGGUACACAGCCCACUGUGCUGAGGACCUUCAGAUCCUUGUCCACUUCCAAUGUCUUUGCCUGCUCUGACCGACCCACUGUUAUCUAUUCCUCCAACCACAAGCUGGUGUUCUCCAACGUCAACCUCAAGGAGGUCAAUUAUAUGUGCCCACUCAACUCCGAGGGCUACCCUGACAGUUUGGCUCUGGCCAACAACAGCACUCUGACCAUUGGUACCAUCGAUGAGAUCCAGAAACUCCACAUUCGCACUGUUCCCCUCUAUGAAUCUCCCAGACGGAUCUGUUACCAGGAGGUUUCCCAGUGUUUCGGAGUUCUGUCUAACAGGGUGGAGAUUCAGGAUGUGAGCGGCACCACAUCUGCUGUACGGCCCAGUGCAAGCACUCAGGCUCUCUCCAGCAGUGUGAGCUCCAGUAAGCUCUUCCCCAGCAGCACUUCUCCCCACGAGACCUCCUUUGGGGAAGAGGUGGAGGUUCACAAUCUGCUAGUUGUGGAUCAACACACCUUUGAAGUUCUGCAUGCUCAUCAGUUCCUCCCCAGUGAGUAUGCCCUCAGCUUGGUGUCAUGUCGCCUGGGAAAAGACCCGUCUGUGUAUUUUAUCGUCGGCACCGCCAUGGUGUACCCAGAGGAGGCUGAGCAGCAGGGUCGCAUCGUUGUCUUCCACUACACCGACGGUAAGCUCCAAACUGUGGCUGAGAAGGAGGUGAAAGGAGCUGUCUACUCUAUGGUAGAGUUCAAUGGCAAAUUGCUGGCCAGCAUAAGUAGCACAGUCCGUCUGUACGAGUGGACGGCUGAGAAGGAGCUGAGGACUGAGUGUAACCACUACAACAAUAUCAUGGCCCUUUACCUGAAGACCAAAGGAGAUUUCAUCCUGGUGGGAGACUUGAUGAGAUCCGUCUGCUGUUGGCAUACAAACCAUGGAGGCAACUUUGAAGAGAUUGCCCGUGACUUCAAUCCUAACUGGAUGAGUGCAGUGGAAAUUCUGGAUGACGACAACUUCCUGGGGGCGGAGAACGCCUUCAAUCUGUUUGUCUGCCAAAAGGACAGUGCGGCCACCACAGAUGAGGAGCGUCAGCACCUGCAGGAAGUGGGGCUGUUCCACCUUGGGGAGUUCGUAAAUGUCUUCUGCCAUGGUUCACUGGUGCUUCAAAACCUCGGCGAAAGCUCCACACCUACCCAGGGCUCUGUGCUCUUUGGCACGGUUAAUGGCAUGAUUGGUCUGGUGACAUCCUUGUCUGAGGGCUGGUACAGCCUCCUGUUGGACCUGCAGAACCGCCUCAACAAAGUCAUCAAGAGUGUGGGCAAAAUCGAGCACAGCUUCUGGAGGUCCUUCCACACGGAGCGAAAGACCGAGCAGGCCACGGGAUUCAUUGACGGGGACCUCAUUGAAAGCUUUCUGGAUCUCGGCCGGGCAAAGAUGCAGGAGGUCGUCAGCACUCUACAGAUCGAUGACGGCAGCGGCAUGAAGCGUGAAGCUACGGUGGACGAGGUGAUUAAGAUUGUAGAGGAGCUGACAAGGAUCCACUAGUGUCCAGCACACUCGAGAGCCCUGCUGAGUGAGAGGACGGUCCCGAGGCGCAGUGAUGGCAAAACUCGAGGAAGGGAAUGUUUGGCUUUUGCAGAUAUGUAAAUAAUUAUAAAUAAAUAAUGUGAGCAUGGUCAUCCUUCAGACUUUAAUGAUUUGUCACCUGUUGAGACCCUGAAGGUGCUUCGUGAUGACUGUAGCACUCUUCAUUUAGACAAGUCUCUAGGCGAAGUGCGUAGCAUCCUGUCUGAACAACAGAAAGACCAAGUGAAGACACUGGUCUGAGUGCGUUUGAGUGUGUGUGUGUGUGGUGUGUGUGUGUGUGUGUGUGUGUGUGCGCGCAUGUGUGAUUGCAUCUGUGUGGAAUAUAAAUUGGAAAACCCAGAGAUUUUCCUCACACAGAAACCAUUCUCUGGGAUCUUUGUGGCAGUUAAGGUUAGCUGAUUCUGUACACCCCACCUUUUAAAUCUGACUGCUUUACAGUUCCCAAGUUUAUUCUGUAAGUCCGGAGUAAACUUGCUGUAUGAGAAAAGAAAAUGAGAAAGGAUAGAUUUAUAGAUAUUUUGUCUUUGUGAUGUUUCUUUGUUAAUUCUAAUAAACUUUGCUUUAGUAUUCUUCA